CCCAUCCAGGACGUGACGUCAUUAGCGUCAGAGCUCAACAGAAACAGCGGAGGUUGUUGUUCAUGAGCCCCUAGGUAGUUUUCUUGAUUUUACUUUCCUCCUCUGCCUUCAGGAUGUCAGGACAGGCCUGUGCGCGUGUCACCGCAGCGCUCGUGCUCGCCGUCGCGCUCGUUAGCGUGGGAGAAUGUCAGCCAACACCGACGCCGCCAGUCCCCUGCUCAACCUUCAAAAGCUGCGACAGCUGCGUCCCGCAUGCAAAGUGUCUGUGGUGCAUCACUACCAAGAACUGCAGCGACUACCCCGUCACCUGGUUGCUGCCGCCACCUUCGCUCUGCCCGCUGGCCGAGGCGCGCUGGGGCGUGUGCUGGUUGAACUUCGAGGCCCUGAUCAUCACCCUGGCUGUGCUGGGUGGAUGCAUUCUGAUCAUCAUCACGGUCUGCUGCUGCUGCUGCUGCUGCGGCUGCAGGAAGAGGCGCUCUUCAAGGCUUGACAGAGACGAGGAGCGAUUGGCCAGGAGGAGGGAGGAGAUCAGACAUCGCUCGGAAGAACGGAAGGUGGAGAGGCAGGCUCGGCACGAUGAGAUCCGCAGGAAGUACGGCCUGAUCGGUGACGCCGACCACCCCUACAGCAAGUUUGAGAACGAGUGAGGCGGCCGCAGCGCCAGGCUCCCACUGCCCCACCCUCACCUUUAGACUUCUUCUAUUGCAAACCUUGACAGGAGUCUUGCAGGGGGCAGAGAAGGACACACACAAGCAUCUCUCAGAGGUUCAAGAAGAACCUGUGGAAGGUGGAGCUGAAAUUGUAAUUUUAACUUUUUUUCAUCAUUCAUCAGAAUGAAACUUGUUUUAAAUUUUCUCAUUUCUCUUCCGUAAUUUUGACUCUCAAAAUCUCUUUUUCCGUCUUUUGUUCUCUGGUUGACCUUCACACAGUGUUGAUUUCCGGGUGACAUUGUAGCAGUGAUGUGUUCAAGUACACAAAUAAAAUUUGUAAAGAACA